GCGCCAUUUGUGACACUUCAGAUAGACCGACGCGCACGUAGGUGAGGACUGGAGCAUUCUCCGUCAAGAAAUUCAAACAUUCCUGAACCUGCAUAAGUCAUGGAUGUGGAGAAUUACAGAUCUAUCGAUGGCCUGUGGUUACACACGUUCUUGAACGAAGACAUAGUACGCUCGGCGUUUACGUACCAGCCAUGCCCUGACGACGUCUUUGUCGCGACCUACCCCAAAUGUGGAACCACCUGGACACAAUACCUCGUCCUCAGCAUCUUGAGUAAGGGCGCACCUCCGAAACGGAACAUCGACUUCAUGCUCGCCUCUCCAUUCCUCGAACUGAUGGGAGCAGAAGCGGCUGAGAAGAUGGCCCGACCAGGCGUGCUGAAGACUCACCUGCCGUUUAACAAAGCACCAUAUUCUCCGAACGCCAAAUACAUAUGUGCCGCCAGGAACCCCUACGAUGUGUGCGUCUCCUCCUACUACCACACGAAGGGCUUCACACCGAAGACAGUCAAAGACGUUUCUUUUGGGACGUUUCACGACUUGUUCAUUUUGGGAAAGUUCUCGUAUGGCGACUACUUCGACCACCUGCUAUCAUGGUACGAGCAACGGGAACAUACAAACGUGCUCUUUGUAACCUAUGAGCAGGCCAAGAAAGACACUGCACUCUGGGCACUGAAGAUCGCUGACUUUCUUGGAAAGGGGUACGGUGAUCAGCUGCGCAAAGAACCGGCGCUACUUCAAAAAGUCUUGGACGUGUGCAGCCUUGAACGCAUGAAGUCCGUGUUUAAUGACAGCAUGUACAACAUUAUGCAAGAUCUUCUAAGCCUGCCACCAGAGAAAGCCCUGAAGUCUUUGGAAGUUUAUCGCCACCUUAAUCUAACGGAAGAGGUGCACGAAAGCGAAAGCUUUGUGCGCAAAGGUAUUGUGGGAGACUGGAGGACGCACUUCACGCCUGAGCUGAUCGCGAAGACAAAAACAUGGAUUAAAGAAAAAACGGCAGGAACCGACGUGAUGGAGCUUUGGAGUGACAUCGAGCUCCCUGAACCAGCACAAGUAAUGGAUGUGGAGAAUUACCGAUUUAUCGAUGGCCUGUGGGCACACAGGUUCUUGCACGAAGACAUAGUACGCUCGGCGUUUACGUACCAGCCACGCCCUGACGACGUCUUCGUCGCGACCUACCCCAAAUGUGGAACCACCUGGACACAAUACCUCGUCCUCAGCAUCUUGAGUAAAGGGGAACCUCCGAAACGGAACAUCGACUUCUUGCUCGCCUCUCCAUUCCUCGAACUGAUGGGAGCAGAAGCGGCUGAGAAGAUGGCCAGACCAGGCGUGCUCAAGACUCACCUGCCGUUUAACAAGACACCGUACUCGAAGAACGCAAAGUACAUCUGUGUCGCUAGGAACCCCUACGAUGUGUGCGUCUCCUUCUACUACCACACAAAGGGUUUCACACCGAAGAGUGUGAAAGACGUUUCUUUCGCGACGUUUCACGAGUUGUUCAUUUCGGGAAAACUCUCAUGGGGCGACUAUUUCGACCACGUGCUAUCGUGGUACGAACAACGCGACCGUACAAACGUGCUCUUUCUGACCUACGAGCAGGCCAAGAAAGACACUGCACUCUGGGCACUGAAGAUCGCUGACUUUCUUGGAAAGGGGUACGGUGAUCAGCUGCGAAAAGAACCGGCGCUACUUGAAAAAGUCUUGGAAGUGUGCAGCCUAGAAAACAUGAGGUCCGUCUUCAACGACAGCAUGCGCUACCUGUUGCAAGAUCUACUAAGCCUUCCACCAGAGAAGGCCCUGAAGUCUGUGGAAGUUUAUCGACACCUUAAUCUAACGGAAGAGAUGCACGAAAGUGAAGGCUUUGUGCGCAAAGGUGCUGUGGGAGACUGGAGGACGCACUUCACGCCUGAGUUGAUCGCGAAGACAAAAACAUGGAUUAAGGAAAAAACGGAAGGAACGGACGUGAUGGAGAUUUGGAGUGACAUCGAGCUCCCUUAAAGUUGUACAGCGUAUUGAAAAUCGCCAAAAACUGUUUCUUUCCGUGAAAACAGUCACUGACACACACAAUGUUUCUGUUCUUUCUCGGUUAAAUCCGUGAACACAGAACAAAAUAAAUACGGAGGUCUUAUGGUGUCCAAGCAUUUAUAAAACAAAAUACUGGUUAGUUGUAAGUGCGUGAGCACAGAUAGGUCGCAAAUCCAAAAAGAAUUGGGUUGCUUAGGAUUAUGGUAUUUUCUGAUAUGCUACCACUUUCAUAAAACCGAAAUGACGCUGUAUAACAAUGCACCUGCUAUUUUCUGCAAAUAACAUUGAUUCGUAGCAUUCUUAGGAUCCGAAAACAUUUUUUAUUGCUGUUGUGAGUGCGCAAGUCUUGUUGCAUAUUUGUCAAACUGUUUGGAUGCGGAAGCCCACACAGCAACCGUAGAAAUGUUUGCUGAUGGUAAAGGCGCGGUAUUUUACGUUUCUAUAAUAUAACACAUGAAAGUAAGUAGUCGAAAUGAGCGAUUCAAUAUAUCGUACUACAACAUCGCCAUCGGUGAAAAACACAAUUUAGUGAUGAAUCUUUUAGCUCUAGUAUGCUUGUAAG